AUGGUUUACUAUGCUGAUGAUGUCACGGCGCAGGGUAGAGGAGGGGUGGACAAUGGGCCUCGGCACGAGACUCGUUCUGAAGGGGAGGUACUGUACAACACUGAAGUUAACACACAGAGCCUACAAAGAGCAAGAGGCCGCUCGCAUCUCCUUGAAAAAACGUCGUUUGCUUGUGAGAAUGAGUUCAGAGGGCAGCUGCUGAGCCAGAGGUGGACACGAGGGGACAGAGCCAGCAGCUGUGAGAACAAGAGGAGUAGGAGACUAAAAAUGAGCCAAGACGCAGAUGAGAAGCGGACGAGGACACGCUCAAAAGGAAUCAGAGUUCCUCUUGAGCUUGUCGGACAAGAGUACAGCUGUCCUACACCAGGAUGUGACGGCUUAGGCCAUGUCAGUGGAAAGUAUGCACGACACAGAAGUUCAUUGGGCUGCCCAUUAGCUAAGAAAAGAAAACUCCAGGAGGCCGAGGAGAAUCAGCCAGCCCCCAAAAAGAAGCCCAACCCCCUAAAGCUGGCCAUGGAUGAUGGGUUUAAUGCAGACAGUGACACAAACAGUGAAACAGAAACAAAAGAUGAGGGAGUAGAAUCUGAAGAGGACACUACUGAUAAAGAGAUGGAAGCAAAAGAAAAAACACCUACAUCAGAAGCAAUGACAGAAGAAAUUUCACAAGUGGAUUCAGAAGAGAAAAAGACACCUGUCAGAGAAACAUCAAGUUUAGUGCCAGAGAGCGAAAUUGAGAAGGAAGAAGCCAAUAUCGAGGCUAUGUCCAUCCAACAAAUCACCAUGGAUGCUGAGGCAGAGGAGGGGCUACAGGUCACUGAAGAAAUUCAGGCUCGAGAGGAAGAGGUAGAGGAGGAAGCAGAAGAGAUUACAGAGGAAGAGCGUGUGACCCAGCAGCUGAAAGAGACUGACGAGCUUGUGACAACAGUUGAGGAAGAAGAGGAGGAUGAUGAGGAAGAGGAAGAGGGGGAAGAGGAGACACAAUGUUUGAGCCAGAAGAACAACUCGGACCACCAGUACUUCAGUGGAGACUUUGGCAAAAUCCAGACCAAAGACACUGGGGAGACAGAGAAGGACAGUGAAGAUGAUGAUGAUGAUGAGGAAGAAGAUGAGGAGAUCCAAUCCCAGGUAGAGCCUUCCUCCUUAAUUGCCCCUGUCCCCGCUGCUUCAGCUCAGGAAUUAGACAUGAUGACGCACAGCAACAUCAAUCUAAACCACCCUCUUGGUGAAGAUGAGGAGGAGGAGGAUGAAGACGAAAGAGAUGAUGCUUCGGAUAAAGACUCACCCACUGUAGUCAUCGAGCUGGGUUCAGAGGGAGAGGAAGAGGAAGAGGAAGAAGAGGAAGAUGACGGAGAAGAAGAGGAGGCUGAUGAAGCGGAUGAUGACGAGUUGGACAGCAUGUCACAGAGGUCAGAUGUCACAGAUGACUCAGAGACGUACGACAUGACACGGGGGAACCUGGGACUUCUGGAACAGGCCAUUGCACUGAAAGCCAAACAAACAGGCCGCAGUUCUGAAGAGAGCUGCUCUCCUGAGCAGCAGUGCUACCACAGCUCAGAGGAGAGGAUGAGUAAUACCAUGGACAUCACAGCUCGUAGAGCAUACUAUGGCAAAGAAGGUUCUAGAUCAGAGAAGAAGGAAGUAAAGUGCCCUACUCCAGGAUGUGAUGGGGCAGGUCAUGUGACUGGAUUAUACCCACACCACCGCAGCCUUUCUGGGUGCCCACACAAGGACAGAAUCCCUCCAGAGGUCUUGGCGAUGCACGAGAAUAUACUUAAGUGUCCAACACCUGGAUGCACUGGACAGGGACAUGUGAACAGCAACCGCAACACACAUCGCAGUCUCUCUGGCUGCCCUAUUGCUGCUGCAGGGAAACAGAAAAGCCAUGAAAAGCAGUCACAGCCGCAGACCUCUGUCAGUGAUCCUGCCAGCGGAGGCUCAAACUCUGACAGAGUUCUCAGGCCGAUGUGUUUUGUGAAACAGCUGGACAUCCCUCAGUACGGUAGCUACAGGCCCAAUGCCAUGCCAGCCACUCCUCGUGCUAACCUGGCUAAGGAGCUGGAGAAGUAUUCUAAGGUGUCUUUCGACUAUGCAAGCUUCGAUGUACAGGUGUUCGGCAAGCGCAUGCUUGCACCCAAGAUGCCCACCAGCGAAACCUCACCUAAAGCCUUCAAAUCCUUGUCCCCCAGCCACAGCCUGUCAGGAGGCUACACCAAAAGCAGCUCCUCUUCCACCUCAAGUGGGUACGAUUAUACCCAUGAUGCCGAAGCCGCACACAUGGCUGCCACUGCCAUUCUCAACCUGUCCACCCGCUGCUGGGAGAGGCCUGAAAACCUCAGCACCAGACAGCCAGAUCAGGCCAGCAAAGACAUGGACAUUGAGGUGGAUGAGAAUGGCACACUGGACCUCAGCAUGAAGAAACCCAAGAGGGAAGGUGUCAGGUCACCAGACCCAUCUUCACCCUCGUCAUCAUCUUCUCAACACCAUGGCGUCAACUCACCCCACUCCAGCCACACCUAUAAACAAGAGGAGUGGGAGGGGCCUCUGGACUACACCAAGUCAAACCGACAGAAAGAGGAGGAGCCAGAGGAGGUUGAGUACACCACACACUCAUACGCUUCCUCUGAUGGAGACGAUGAUGAUGCCACUCAGGAGAGCACGGAGGACAGGAAAUACCCUGGUGAGGUCACAACCUCCAGCUUCAAAGUCAAAUUCCAGCCUAAGGACAGCAAGAAAGAGGUCUUGCUAUGUCCCACCCCAGGUUGUGAUGGCAGUGGACAUAUAACUGGGAACUAUGCAUCACACCGCAGUCUCUCUGGUUGUCCCCUUGCUGAUAAAAGUCUUCGGACCCUCAUGGCUGCCCACUCUGCUGAACUCAAAUGUCCCACCCCAGGUUGUGAUGGCAGUGGACAUAUAACUGGGAACUAUGCAUCACACCGCAGUCUCUCUGGUUGUCCCCUUGCUGAUAAAAGUCUUCGGACCCUCAUGGCUGCCCACUCUGCUGAACUCAAAUGCCCUACCCCAGGUUGUGAUGGAACAGGACACAUCACUGGAAACUAUGCUUCCCAUAGAAGUCUGUCUGGAUGUCCACGUGCCAAGAAGGGAGGAAUCAAAACCACCCCGACUAAGGAUGACAAGGAAGAUUCUGAGAUCCUAAAGUGCCCGGUGCCAGGCUGUGACAGUCUGGGGCAUAUCAGUGGGAAAUAUGCCACUCACCGCAGUGCCUAUGGGUGCCCACUGGCAGCACGCCAGCAGAAGGAGGGCAUGUUAAAUGGCACUCCAUUCUCCUGGAAGGCCUUCAAGACUGAAGGCCCGACCUGCCCUACGCCAGGAUGUGAUGGAUCAGGACAUGCCAACGGCAGCUUUCUCACUCAUCGCAGUCUAUCAGGUUGCCCUAGAGCUUCAGCUAACAAGAAGAGAGCCAGGUUCCCAGGAGAUGAUUACAUCAGCAAGAAAUUCAGGGCAAGUGAUGUUCUUGACAAUGAUGAAGACAUAAAACAGCUGAACAAAGAGAUCAAUGAACUGAAUGAGUCGAACUCUGAGAUGGAAGCAGACAUGGACAACCUCCAUACACAGAUCUCAUCCAUGGAGAAGAACCUCAAGAGCAUGGAGGAAGAAAAUAAACUCAUAGAGGAGAAGAAUGAGGCUCUGUUCAUGGAACUGUCAGGCCUGAGCCAGGCUCUUAUCCGCAGCCUUGCCAACAUCCGUCUACCACAGAUGCAAGGGCCCAUCACUGAGCAGAAUUUUGACGCCUGCGUGGACACCCUGACCCACAUGUUCACCGAUAAGGAGUGCUAUCAGAACCCAGAGAACCGAGCCCUACUCGAGUCGAUCAACCAGGCUGUCAAAGGCAUUGAGGUGUGAGCAGAGGAGCAGCAGCUGCAAGACACUGUGGGUUAAAUAACCAGACUAACAACAUAAAAAUACUGUUUUAAGGACAUUCAGGUUUUGUAUGUGGCACCCUCCGUAAACGCGGAACAUCACGAGACCCAUGGAAGUCAGAGAAAAGGACCAAAUUCCAAUUCCAAACUAUGCUGCUUAGCAAUUUUGAUGAGAUACAAGAUCCUUUGCCUCUUAAACCAAGCUGGCUCUUCUUGUUUUGGGGUAUAUUUUGGAGCAAACCAUUUGUUACUGUUUUCUAGAGCAACUCUCACCAACACUGAUCUGCCUUUUUACUUCCCUCAGUGCAUGGAGGUUGCCGUGAACAAUAAGUUGUGAGAUUGUCGUGUGUCUGUGGAGGAGAGUCUAUGUGUGUAUGCGUAACAGAGUGUUUUAUGUGUAACGUCCGAAGGUGAAUUCCCAAUUAAUGACCUCCCUUGACAAAAUAUGAUUAGUAUGCAGCACUGCUACAUUUGAUCCCUGUAUGAUAAUGUUGUCUCAUAUUUGGUGUAAAUGUUCUCCUGUUCCAUUCAGUAAUAUUUAUCGUAUUUGAGAACAUAGAUAUUGCACUUCCAUGAAUAGUUUGUAGUUCCAUCGUCAUGUUAUUAUUGUAAUUAUUAUUAUUAUUAUUAUGGCUAUUUAAAUUGGGUCCUUGAAAUGUAAGUUUAAUGUAUUAUUUAUUCAUGUUAAGGGUUAUUUUAUUUAUUUAUUAAUCAGUGUCUAUUUAUGGACUUAAUUUAUUUCACAAAGCAAAAUUCUAUACACAGCUUUUAAACAGUUAUUAAGAGGAGAGACGUUGCCUUCUGCGUUGUGAAAGAGGCAAUAUUUUAAGAAUAUCGACAGCAAAUUGUUUUAUAAACCUUCCUAUUUAUUUUAAAGACAGAGAUUUAUA